AUACGUUGUGAGCGAGCACAUUAUUUUCUAUACAAAAGCAGUAUAUGCAAGACAAUUCGUGUGUGCACAUUGAUUUGUAGGGCCAUAACACUAAAUGAACGGGUGAGCUGAGCAAAACUGAAGUAUAUUUCAUACGCAAUAAGCAUAGAAACAUUGGGACAGAGUGAGAAAUACGUACGUAACGAUUGAGAGACAGGCUGUUUUGGUGUGGUUGACUGUGUGUUAGUUAGUGUUGUAUGUUUCACUCUGGAUGAAGUUUAGUUUUCAUUUGUAUGUGCAUCACAGUUACACAAAGAAAUACGAGCAAAAACUGAAUCUCAUCAAUAUAAAAAAAAAAAAAAAAUUAUAAAUGGCUGACAAACAACAACGUUUACAUCAAGUGUAGUGAUGAAAUUUUCAAAGUAAUAUUCAAUUCAAAGGCAAGCGAUAAAAAACAAUUAUAGAAAAAGUGAGAACAAUUUGACAACAAUGGAUGCAACGUAUAUUCCAACCGAAAAAGAUAUGUCUGGUCAGCCAGUGGAUCGUCUAAAAUUAUUAUAUCCAAAUGUUGAUGAAAAUUUGACGCCACUACCUCGAUCAUGGAGCUCACAAGAGAAGUGUAUUACGAUUGGACUGACCCAAAAUAAUUUACGUGUUCAUUACAAAGGUAUUGGAAAAUCACAUAGUGAUGCUGCUUCCGUACGUACACCAUAUCCGAUCCCGGCAGCUUGUGGCCUGUAUUAUUUCGAAGUAAAAAUCAUAUCGAAAGGUCGCGACGGUUACAUGGGCAUCGGUUUAACCGCACAGAAUUUCAAAGCAAAUCGACUACCCGGCUGGGAUAAACAAUCAUAUGGCUAUCAUGGUGAUGAUGGCAAUUCGUUCUCAUCGUCUGGCAAUGGUAAAACAUACGGACCAACAUUUACCACCGACGACAUUAUCGGCUGUGGCGUUAAUUUAGUUACAAAUACAUGUUUCUACACGAAAAAUGGUCACAAUCUUGGCGUCGCAUUUCACGAUUUACCGUCAAAAUUAUAUCCAACAGUUGGUCUACAGACGCCCGGCGAAAUUGUUGACGCAAAUUUUGGGCAACAACCGUUUAUGUUCGAUAUCGAAGAUAUGCUUAAAGAAUUGAGAGAGUCAACAAAAGCUUCCAUACUAAAGUUUCCACUGCCCGAUGAUCAGGGCGAUUGGACUAUAAUCUUAAAUAAAAUGGUUUCAUCAUAUUUAGUUCAUCAUGGCUAUAGUUCGACAGCUGAAUCAUUUGCAAAAGCAACCGAACAAAAUAUCGUUGAAGAGAUGACUUCAAUAAAAACUCGUCAAAAAAUCUUGAAGCUGGUCAUGGGCGGUCGAAUGGGUAUUGCAAUCGAGCACACACUUCGUUCCUAUCCCGGUUUAUUAGAAAACAAUCAAAAUCUAUUGUUCAUGUUAAAGUGCAGACAAUUUGUUGAAAUGGUAAACGGAUCUGAUUUUGAGAAUGGCAUAUCUCGUUCAACAAGCAAUCCAGUCCAAACGUCAGUGAUUCAAUCAACGAAAUCCUAUCAAAAUGGAUCACAAACAAACAACAAUAACGGUAUAAACAAUAACGCAAACAAUAUAAAUAAUAACAUCGGUCCCCUAAUCAGCGAGUCAUCAACCACAAUGAACGACAACCCCGACAUUAAUAACAUUGAUAAUUUUUCGGCGACAAACAAUUUAGAACAUCUAUGCGAACCAUUAAAAAAUAAUUGCAAUCACGAUGACGUUCAAUUGAAUAACCAAAUAAACACAGCAAAUAACAACGAUUUCAGCAGUGAUGUUGAAAUGGAAAAUGGUCAUAACGUAACGAAUGGUAACAGCCAUAAAAAUGGAACCGAUAUCAACAUCAACCAUACAUCAAUAGACACGGACGAAGAUAUGGACGUGGACCUGAUACCAAAUAGAAAGACGAGCAAAUCAGGUGUUGAACGAAUGCUCGAAUUCGGUCGUGAGCUAUUUCAGAUGAGCCAACGACUGGAAAAGGAAAAUGGAGUAAAUGAAACAAAUCGCAAAAUGUUAGAAGAUGCAUUUAGUUUGUUAGCUUAUUCAAAUCCUUGGUCUAGUCCGAUGGGAUGGCAGUUAUGUCCUUCACGGCGUGAAAUUGUUUGUGCUGCAUUAAACUCUGCCAUAUUAGAAUCAUUAAACUACUCAUGGCGGCCACCGUUAGAAGUGUGUGUGGCACAUGCCUGCGAAUUAUUGCACCUAAUGGCGAGCUCGUCAAUCGGUAGCUGUGCAUUUGCCAGUAUCGAUUCCAUCUUGGAUGCAUCUCAAUGACCGUCGUUAUUCGCUGUUGUUGCUUAGAUUGAUGUUUUUGUAUUCAAAACGAAAAAAUAAAAUAAAAUAAAAUAUAAAAUAAUGAUUAAAGAAAAAUAAUAAUGCCGCUACAGUGUGAAAAUGUGAAAACAACUAAAGCAUAUUAUUUUCUAUUGACAACAUAAAAAAAGAGAAAAACAAUAUGAAUAAGAUGAAAGGAGGAGCAAUUUAAUGGAUAUAAAAACAAGGAUUUAAAUAUUUGUAUCAUUAUGCAUAGAUUUUUUUAAAAUUCUAACAUAUUUUUUUUCUAAUUCGUUGAAUUCAAAGAAAUUUAAGAAGUGACAAGAAAAACUCAAUAUUUCGUGAACAUGUGUUUAAAAUGACAAAACAAAAAUGAAAUACCAGAAACUUCUUCAUAUUAUUAUAGUUGUAUUGAUUUGAGCGUUGAACAAAACAAAAAUACGUUUACUUAGAUAAAAGAAACAAAUAAACAAACAAAAUGUGUUUAGUCUAGCCACAUUCUCCCACUUUUUUCUUCGCUUUACAUGGUUAGUGUACCUAAUUAUGAAAUAGUUUUUGCAAAACUCGAUAGAUUUUUAUUUUCAUUUGAAUCACAUGCGAAAAAAAUAUCACACGAUUAGAGAUCGACUACAUAAAAUCGGAAAACGUUUAUUAUUUCUUUUUUUAAAAAAAUUCGACAACAAAUUGUGAAAACACAAAAUUCAAAACGAAAAGAAAAACAACCAUUUUGGACGAAAAAUAUGAUAAACUACUUUAAAAAUCUUAUUAUUAUUUAUUUGUUUUCUUUUGACUUGUUUCAAUAUUUACCAAAAUGUAUAAAACCGAUUUGCAAAGAAUGUUUUUUGUUUGAUGAAAAAAUUAUUAUUAAAAAAAAAAUAGAAACAAAAUAAAAAUGACAACGAAAACUAUCAGAACAAAAAGUAAAUGAGAAAUAUUUUUGAAUCAAUAAAUGUCUUUCUCAUCUUCAUCGUCAGAAUGAUUGGUUUUAAUUAUGUGGAUAUUUUUUUUUGUGUGGCGAAAAAUGUGUGUGCUUUUUUGUGAUUUCUCAAGGCAAUCGUACGCGUCAUUGUUUACCGACAAUUACUUGUUCGUUCCGAUUUCGGAAAUAAAGAGCAAAAUCUGCCGAAUUGCCGUUAUUUAACAUUAAAACACUUGGCCGUAUUACGCAAUACAGAUCACAGUUCCGCUUAAUUAACAUAUUUUUAUUAAACAAAGAAAAAAUCACGAGCGAUUUCCGAUGGCAAAGUGCACAAUAGACAAGUUCAAAUUACGUAUUUAAUCUAGAGACAAACCAUUUUUAAUUUUCAAGAUAUUGUCAAUGACAAUGAUCAUACACAAAACACUACAUAAAUAACAUUUGUUGACAAUAUAGAAACUCAUUUUCGAGUUAAGAAACUGAUGAAAAAACACACCCAUUUUAAAUUAAAAAUAAUGUUCAUAGGAUUUUGGUCUCAUUUCAUCUUUCCCGUUGGAGAGAUGACAUCCAUUGUAUACAACCACACAUACGCAUAUGAAUUGAAUCGAAAGCCAAAAAAACAUGAGAAAGUUUGAAAGAAAAACACUGUGACAUUGAUUUAUGUGUAAAUUAUUUAGACAUUUUGGUGUGUUUUUUUUUAAUUAGAAAAUAUGUAGCGCUUAAAUGAGAUGAAAAUCAGAAUUUUCCUUAAUCUAAAAUCGAAUAGGUAAACUACACGAACACUUUCCCUCUUUCUUAAAUGGUUAAAAAACAAACAAACACACACACACAUUAACAACACAACGGACGCAAGAAAAGCUAAACACACACACACACGUAAAUGUGCGGUUUACUUUAAUAAUUAUUGGGUAAACAAUAACCAACAAAACUAAACUGAACUCAUAUAUUACGUU